GUGUGUCGGAUAGAAAGUCAGCCUGGUUUCCAGCUGAGUGCUUGCUCUCUCACAGUGUGUGUGUGUGUUGUCAUUAUUAUCCACUCUGCUCCCAGCUCAGAAUGGCCAGAUUCACUCAGACUGAAACAAGAAGGCAGCACCAUCCACAGCAGCCCCAGCCCGCUCACUCCAGCCUGGUUUUCACCGGACCGGGGGCACCACCGACCCAACACCCACUACUACUGAUCCCACAUCAGCACCAGUACCCUCAGAUCACAUUCCCGAAACCCAUGAACGGGUCAGAACCCAUUUCAAUUCAUCCGGAGAGCGGCAACAUGAAAGACCAAGAUGCCAUUAAGCUGUUUAUCGGGCAGAUACCGCGGAACUUGGAGGAAAAAGACCUGAAACCUCUGUUUGAACAGUUUGGGAAAAUCCACGAACUGACAGUUCUCAAGGACCGAUACACCGGCAUGCACAAAGGUUGUGCAUUCCUCACCUACUGCGCCCGAGAAUCGGCCAUCAAAGCACAGAACGCCCUCCAUGAACAGAAAACACUGCCAGGGAUGACACGCCCCAUCCAGGUGAAACCGGCCGACAGCGAGAGCCGUGGAGCCAACACUCCUUUUUUUCAUCUUUUCUUCUCCUUUUGCUGCACCUACAGUCAGAAUGUGAGACACUUCAUCAAUCCAAUCUAUCUUUUCCAAACUGUACCAUCCAAUGUAUACUCAACACUAUGCGACAUCAAAAAUAGAACAUUUGAUCCGUCAUCUUGGUUUGACUGGCAGUUUUUCAGCUUCUGGCAGAUUGUGACACACUUUCUAUAAGUGUCCAUA